AUGGCUUUUUUCACUGCGCAAGGCCUCAUCAUUAGCGCCGUUUUCUUAGGUGUCGCCCAGGCUGAAACUAACAGCACUUCUGGUAACACCACCAUGGUCGGAUGGGUAUCCCCUGCACCUCGCCGAAGCACCUGGAGCAUAAUCUGCAGCUGCCUAUCAAUCUUCAUCGUCUGUUCAUGGAAAUGCGUGCACCUCAAUAUCCCCACGCACGAAGAGAUCCAGGGCGAAUGGCAUACGAUGCAAAUCUGCAAAGGCAUUCCCGAUAUUUCUUUCUGGCCCAAGGCACCCCUCCGACGCAAAUGGAGACGCAAGAUUGUCUGGAUGACAUUCAUUGCCCUCGCGCCAGAGUUUGGAGUGGCACUGGCCGCAAAGCAGUACAUGGAUGCCCGCCUGGAUUUAAAAGAGUUUACGAAAGCUCUGUCUAAAGAAGUGUUGGUGUAG